AGUGGCUGUCUUCUCCCUGAGGCACUAAAUCGAACCCCGUAAAACGUGAACCAAACCAGAAAGCUUCUCAAAAUUAAUGGCGUUGGUAGCUUUCAGAUUCAUCAAUGGACCGCGGCCCGCGCUCCGUCGAGCCUAUACCCCACAAAAAUCUAGGAUCAUACGAGCGUUCUCGGCGAUUAUGUCUCCGCCCUCCAGAGCCGUCGUCUACGACCGCCAUGGUCCUCCAGACAGCGUUACCAGAGUGAUUAACUUACCGCCGGUGGAAGUGAAAGCGAAUGAUGUGUGUGUGAAAAUGCUGGCUGCUCCGAUCAACCCCUCCGAUAUUAACCGCAUUGAAGGUGUAUACCCUGUGAGGCCGGAGGUGCCGGCAGUUGGAGGAUAUGAGGGAGUUGGAGAAGUGCAUUCAGUGGGCUCGGCCGUUCAGGGUCUUUCACCUGGUGACUGGGUUAUCCCAUCUCCACCUUCUUCUGGUACUCUUUAAUCCCAAAAAUGAGUAAACACAAAAA